ACCAAAAGCUAAGUGGGGGAACAACCAGGUCUGGUGCUUUGUCUGUUUCAUGCUGGCUGCUGGAGAUGAGCCUAGGCUUGACCUGACCAUGAGUCCAAGGACUGGCACUUCUUUUUUACCCCCAGUUUGUAGAGAUCCAGAUCUUCUCUUCCUGAUUGUCAAGAAAAUUAAAUUAUUGCUGAAUUUGGGAAUCUAAGCAGCACCAGCUUACUUUUUCCCUGCAUCUCUCUGGAAUCGUUUCUGGGAUAUUUUCCAAAUCAUCACAGAAAGCAGGAGGAAUGAACCGGCAGCUAGUGAAAAUUUUGACAACCUUGUUUGCAUUUUUCUUAGAGACAAACCACUUCAGGACAACUUUCUGUAAAGAACAUGAAUCAAGAUCUGGAAAAUCCCCCUCACAGACCCUGUCUCCUUCAGAUUUUUUGGACAAAUUGAUGGGAAGGACAUCGGGGUAUGAUGCUAGAAUCAGACCAAAUUUUAAAGGUCCUCCAGUAAACGUUACUUGCAAUAUUUUUAUCAACAGUUUUGGAUCAGUCACAGAAACCACAAUGGACUACAGAGUGAAUAUAUUUUUGAGACAACAGUGGAAUGACUCACGCCUGGCUUACAGUGAAUAUCCCGAUGAUUCCCUGGAUUUGGAUCCCUCUAUGUUGGACUCCAUUUGGAAGCCAGACUUAUUCUUUGCCAAUGAGAAGGGAGCAAACUUCCAUGAUGUCACGACAGACAACAAGUUGCUGAGGAUUUCUAAGACUGGAAAAGUGCUGUACAGCAUCAGGCUUACUUUAACCUUAUCCUGUCCUAUGGACUUGAAGAAUUUUCCAAUGGAUGUACAAACAUGUACAAUGCAGCUAGAGAGCUUUGGCUACACUAUGAAUGAUCUGAUAUUUGAGUGGCUAAGUGAUGGACCUGUGCAAGUUGCAGAAGGUUUAACCUUGCCACAGUUUAUUUUGAAAGAAGAUAAAGAACUUGGUUAUUGCACAAAACAUUACAACACUGGAAAGUUUACAUGCAUUGAAGUCAAGUUUCAUUUGGAGCGUCAGAUGGGAUACUAUUUAAUCCAGAUGUACAUUCCUAGCCUGCUGAUUGUCAUUUUGUCCUGGGUUUCUUUCUGGAUCAACAUGGAUGCUGCUCCAGCUCGAGUCGCACUGGGUAUCACUACAGUUUUGACAAUGACCACGCAAAGCUCAGGAUCAAGAGCUUCCCUCCCAAAAGUCUCCUAUGUAAAAGCUAUCGAUAUCUGGAUGGCCGUGUGCCUUCUCUUUGUCUUUGCUGCAUUACUGGAAUAUGCAGCAGUCAACUUUGUUUCACGGCAGCACAAAGAGUUUCUGAGGCUUCGAAGAAGGCAAAGAAGACAAAACAAGGAAGAUGAAGUCACUCGUGACAGUCGAUUCAAUUUCAGUGGCUAUGGGAUGGGUCACUGCCUCCAAGUCAAAGAUGGAGCAGCAGUCAAGGCCACCCCACCCAACCCACCUCCAGCACCACCAAAGGAUUCAGAUUCCAUCAAAAAGAAGUUUGUUGACCGUGCAAAAAGGAUUGAUACAAUAUCUCGUGCUGCGUUUCCACUCGCCUUCCUUAUUUUCAACAUCUUUUACUGGAUUACAUACAAAAUUAUACGGCAUGAGGACAUUCACAAGAAAUAG